CAAGUCUUCAACUCAUUAUGAGGUUGGAAGUUUAACACAAUAAUCAUAAUACAUUUGAAUUUUGAUCAGCCAGGCAGAGAAAAUGUUGAAGAUUAAGUCUUUUUCUAAUUCCCUCAUCAUUUAUUUCUUCUUUUUGAUUAUUACAGUCCUCCUCUCCAUCCCCCAUGGUGUCUCGUCCCGACUACUAUCAACAAAUUUCCCUCAAGACUAUGGUUGGGCAGGAAACCAAAAUGAAGAUGAUGGCCAUAGUAAAACCGAUAAACAACGCAGCUACUCAGAUCACGACGGUUCUGCAACCGGAGGAGACACUCCGCCUUCAGGCGUACCACGAUUCACACCUCCAUCUCCAAACUCCGCCGUCACACAUCGCGAGGUGAGCAACACUGUCAAUGGGACGCAGUCAGUUACCAGCAAUGGUUCUGGUUUGUCUUUCCAAGUUGCGAAUAACACAGGCAACGGGAAUCAAAACGUUACAAAUAGCGGUAACGGCAGUCAAGAAGCUUACAACAACGGCAAUGGAUCACAAACUGUUACUCACGACGGUUCUGCUCAAUCUCCAAGCUCCGCCGUGACAUAUCAGUCGGCGAACAACACUGGCAAUGGGGAGCAGACAGUUAACGACAAUAGUCCUGGUGGGUCGGUCCAAAUUGCGAAUAACAAUGGUAACGGGACUCAAAAGGUUACAAAUAGCGGUAACGGUAAUCAAAAUGCUGUCAACAACGGUGAUGGAUCACAAACUGUUACUAACAGCGGUGAUGGAUCACAACAGGCUUCCAACAACGGUGGUGGAACUCAAACCGUUGUCAACAAUGGUGGCAAUGGAAAUCAAAAUGCUACUAAUAAUGGUGGGAAUCAAAAACUUAUAAAUAAUGGUUGUAGCGGGAAUCAAAGUGCUUCCAGUAGUGGUGCCGGGAGUCGAGCUGUUAGUGUAAUGACUUGUAAUAAUGAAACUAUCCGCCAUAAUGGACCUUGAUCGAGUUGGCUCGACUGGUUGUUCAUGGCUCGUUUUUAUGAUUUCCUGCUGCAAUUGAAAUGUUAGUUUGGGUGUUUCUGAAUCAAUUACAUAUGAAUUGAAAUUGUAAUCGAUGUUCUACGUAAGUGAAAAAAUGAUGUUCUGGUUUGGCACAUUGAGGUUCUGUAUGUUGGCAAUGUCUAGUGAUUGUUGUUGCUUUUAA